UCUACCCUUAAAAAUGAACUUCCAAAAAGUUCUCAACCCUCUCUUUAGAAACAGCGACAGGGAUGCCAGAAAAAUUCAAGAGACGCAAGAUGCCCUCAAAGCAGUUAUGAUGGAUGACGAUAACGUACAGGAAACUGUAACUGCUGUGGUUGUUGGAGCAGGCAGUCGCGGCCGAGGAUAUGCUGAUGUCGCGAAAGUCAAGCCUUCUUGGAUGAAAAUCAUUGGUGUUGCGGAACCAAAUGACGAAAAGAGAAAUUUGUUUGCGACCGCUCACAAUAUCUCUCCAGAAAAUAUCUUUGACGAUUGGAGGCCGCUGGCUGCCAAGGGAAAAAUUGCAGACGUCGUGUUUAUUUGUACUUUGGACGACCAACACUACGAACCAGCCAUAGCAUUUGCCUCUUUAAAAUAUCACAUAUUUUUGGAAAAGCCCAUGUCCAUCAAUAUUGAAGAAUGCGCCAAGAUUACGGAUGCUUUAGAGAAAGCUGGUACUGUCUGCGCCGUCGGUCAUGUUUUGCGGUACAGUCCGUUUCAUAGGAAGAUCAAGGAAAUUUUAGACACCAAAGAGCUGGGAGAAAUUCUCAACAUACAGCAUGUAGAACCAGUCGGGUGGUAUCAUUUUGCACACUCUUAUGUUCGAGGAAACUGGCACAAAGAAAGAAAUUCUACAUUUUCUCUUAUGGCCAAGUGCUGCCACGAUGUUGAUUUGUUACGUUGGUGGACUGGACUGCCGUUUGCCAAAGUCAGUUCUUUUGGAUCAUUGACAUGGUUCAAGCAGGAGAACAAACCGAAAGAAGCUGGAGAUGCUAAAAAAUGCCUGGAUUGCAAAUUACAGGACACCUGCCCAUAUUCAGCAAAAACCGUCUACCUGAAGAAUAGAUGGCAUACAUCCGUACUAGCACCUUCAGGAAAGCUUACCGACAUAGAGGAUGCAGUUAAAUCAGGGCCAUAUGGAAGAUGUGUUUACGAAAUGGAUAACGAUGUUUGCGACAAUCAGGUUGUUAAUAUACAAUUUGAAAAAGGAGACCACACUACACCGACAGCUACACUGACUAUGAUUGCAACCUCAAAUGCUCUUUGCGAGCGAAAAGUACGGAUUUGGUGUUCUAACGGAGACAUUGAGGCUGAUGAAGAAAAUGCGAAGAUCAAGAUUACAAAUUUUAGUACCAGGCAAACCAGAAGCAUCAAUCCUUAUAAUAGUACACAAGUUGUUGGUGGACAUGGAGGUUCAGACAUGGGAAUUACACGGGCCUUCAUAUUGGCUGUCGAUGCGUACAAGAGAGGUGAUCGUUCAACGGCUCAGAAAUACAUUCCUCCUAUUCGAGAAUCUUUCACUUCUCAUCUUUUUGUGUUUGCUGCGGAGCAUGCUCGUCAUACAAGCAGUGUAGUUGAUGUCCAGGAGUAUAUUGAAAAACAUAUGCAAUCAACCACUUGAGGAAGUUAAAUUGUAAUCAAGAUAUCGGUGAUGGUGUCAUGCUUCAUUUUCACAUCGAUUAAUAAAUUUCGAAGCAUUCAAACUGCUGGUGGUCGAUCGUAGGCUCGGCUUCUACUGAUGAAAUGCCGG